AUGGCGGGUCGGGAGCACGGAGCAUGCCAGGAAAUCCACGUGGCCGGAGGUCCUGCCAGCUGGCCAGGGGAGCUUGGCAGGGGAGGUGUCUGCGGCGGCCAACUAGAAUGUUUUGACUGGACCGUUGUUUACGCUCAGGGGAGCGGCCGCCUCGGUUUCGCUGACGUCUACGCGCGCCGAGUUUUUCAUUCAGCACUCUCUGGUGUGUGUUUAGACGCGGAACAUCUGCGGGCCUUGGCUGAGUUUAAGACGGUCGACGAGUUCCAUCCGUUCAUAGAGGCGCUAAUGCCUUUCGUAAAGUCCUUUUCGUACACGUGGUUCAAUUUGCAAGCGGCAAAGAGGAAAUACUACAAGAAACACGAAAAGCGGAUGAGUCUCGAGGAGGAGCGGCACACGAAAUAUGAACUGCAGAACGAGAAAGCAGAAGUGAAACAGAAAUGGGCAUCACGGCUGCUGGGCAAGCUAAGGAAGGACAUAACACAGGACUGCCGGGAGGACUUUGUGCUAAGCAUAACUGGGAAGCGGCCGGCAGUGUGUGUUCUGUCCAACCCCGACCAGAAGGGCAAAAUGAGGAGGAUAGACUGUUUACGGCAAGCCGAUAAGGUGUGGCGCUUAGACCUGGUAAUGGUGAUAUUGUUCAAAGCGAUACCAUUAGAGAGCACGGAUGGUGAGCGCCUUGAGAAACACCCGGAAUGCACGCAACCCGGGCUCUGCGUCAACCCGUACCACAUCAACGUGUCCGUGAGAGAGCUGGACCUGUACCUCGCCAAUUUCAUCAACAGCUAUGGUAAUGGAGGCGACGGUCUGCCAGAUAUCCUAAGCGGCUCUCUGUCGCCCCAUCCUCCUAGGGACAAAGAGAAUGAACACGACGCUAAAAGCAAAGGCUAUACCCACAAUCCCUACAACGGUGUCAUUUGCAACGAUAUUAUUCUAGCAACCGGUGUCUUCUCCUCGAAGGAACUAUGGAAGUUGAGUAAAGCUUCAAUCCUGCAAGAGACGGGCUCGGAGUCGCCGAGCGGUUCGGGCAUCAAAUUGGAGUCUGGCUAUUAUUGCGGGUACAACAGUCCAGCGCCUCCUGCCUUCGAGCCGCCCGCCGAGCGCGCAACACCCUCCACAAUGCUCGUCGGGCAAUGUUUUAGUAUCCCGCAUAGCUCGGCGGGGUUAAGCGCGGCGCAGUCCCCACUGGUACCCUCCAACACCAUAUUCUACCAGCACGCGCCACCACCCACCGACACACAUCCCACUGCGUCAGAGCUGUCCAGCCAGCAUUCGAGUGGGAAGUACGACGGUGCACCGCAGGACUCGCUUGGUGACUUCGUGACCUUCGUGUGCCAGGAGCCCCCCACGGAUGUUCAGCAAAUACAGGUGCACGGUUUGUCCCGGAGUCCGAAGCCGGCGUACUUCACCAACUCAAUGCUGCCUCCACCUCCGCUGCCACCUAUGGCCAGGCCUGUGGCCAUCAUCAGAUCAACAGCGAGCGAGGGCGGCGUGGGCGUGGGAGUGGGCGCAGGCGCCGGCGGCAGCUCCCCGGCGUCCCCUGAGGGGCGCUCGCCGGGCGCUUCGCCCCGCCGCCGCUCCCCCCACUACCGCGACUGCCAUCCCCCGCUGACGCACUUCAACCACUUCCACGCGCAGCCGCAGCAGGUGUUCAGUUAUGGUGGUCUGGGCGGCGGCGCGGUACUGGCUGGUGGUGGCGGCGGCUCACCACCAGGCGGCCUUGGCCUCUACGCGCCGCGACCCCCACCCCGCGCACCCCCCAGGUGGAACGCCCCUUUCCCAACAUUGGAGGAGGAGUUUAAUAUAAUGACGGCGCCUGGCGGUCCGGACCACGUCGUUUUGUUGGACGAUGAGCGGUUCUUCCAAUCGAACGUGAUCACGUCCGAAGGCACCGCGAUGGACACGACCUCCGGCGUGGGCCAAGUGGUGGACACGUCGGAGGACAUCGCGCCGGACAAGCCGCUGCGCUCGCCG